GAGUGGAAUGACCGACGGACGUAUGAAGGCCGCUCGCACGGCGUCGCCAGACGCGCUCCUGCUGCCGCACGUGAUCGAGGCGAUUGCAACGUCCAUCGAUAGCUCUGAGGACUUCACGAGCUUUGUGCACGCAGUCCCGCAAUCGCUCUGGACGCCGGCGCUCGCAGCGUUUCUGGCACUCACCGCUUCGCCGCCGGCUAGUGUCGAAGUCGCCUGGCCAAGCAUCGUGAUUAACGACACGGACUUGCCGUCUGCCGUACUGGCACAGAUUUGCAAGACACUGCCGCUGCGCCCGCAGAUCGAAAUCGAAUGCACGAUCCAGCACGCAGAACAUUUGAGCUCGAUCGUUCCGCACCUCGGCGCCUCUAUCCACUACCUCUCUGUCGAGUUUGACGAGCUCAUCAUGAUCGACGGCCAAGGUCGUCAGGUUGCCGAGCUUCUGCUCCAGUGCCCCAAUCUGUGGGAGAUCUGGAUCAACGUUUUGGCCCAGCGUGACGCGGACGACGAACACAUCGAGCUCAGCGAUCUUCUUGCGGUGAUCGCCGAUCCGAUCAAACACGCCAAUCUCGGGAGAUUGACCAUUGAUCUACAGCACGCUCGCGCGACGCCGCGGCUCGGUCAUCUCUUGGCGACGUGGCUAACGACCGCGCCGAGGAUCUCACUUCACGUGGAGAACGUCAUCAGCAUGGACGAGGACGCGGCGAUGGUGUUCUGCGACGCGCUCCAAGCCAACACAGCUCUUGAAGAGCUCAUCCUCCUCAGUGUUACCAACCUCUCGGGCUUCCACGGUCGGAAGCUCCCAGCGUCACUGCGGCGCGUCGAAUUGAGCCUUGAAGCUCCUAUCGACGCCGAGAUCGACGACGUCACGAUCGAGAGCCUCGCGACGGCACUUGGUUCUACGCACCUUGACCAUUUCAGCUGCAACGUCUUUGGGCAAUUGGUCCAAUGCUCCGCAGCGGCGCCGAUGUUUCGUCAACUGUCAAAGCUCGAAGUCAGCGCAUUGCAGGCUGACGGCGUCGACGCGUUCCUCGCGGGUUUGUCCCAUCUCCCGGCGCUGCAGGACCUUGCGGUCGUACAAAGCACGAUCGGAACGCGCGACUUUGCGACGCUGCUCAUGGAAACCCUUGUCACGACAUGCCCGCAUCUGCAGAUGCUCCGCUUGGAUACCGUCCCAUUGAGCUGCGACGCGGUGUCUACGGUGCUUGCUGGCGUGCCGCGCCUGCCGUGCUUGAAGUGGCUGAAUGUGUCGCCCAGGUCCACGAUACUGCCAGCAGACAUCUUUUACGUGCUCCCAGAGCUCAUCGCCGCGGGACGUCACGUCCGCGAUCUGCUCUUCAUCGUGCCCCUGCUGCACGGCGACGACGAGCUUGCAGUCUUGCGGGUACUGGCGCUGGUCCGUGACGUACCCUUCUUCUUUGACAAGCUUCCGCUCAACGCCGACGCAUAUGUCGUGGAUGCCCUUGGUGCGCAGAACAAACAGAGCGACCGCUGUCGUUUGCGUACCUCGUGGUAA